UGCACGGACGGCGGGCGGGAAGAGACCCAGCAGCACAGCGGGCGGCCGCCAGGAGCGCUCCGAUGGCCCUCGGAGGUUGAACGCGGGAGGAGAGGGCCCGGAAGAAGCGACGCAGAGUCACGAAGCCCCGCGUCUCGCUUCCAAGGUAGGAGAAGGAAGAUGCCCAAGCGAAGCUGAUCUUUGGGAGAAGAGGAGUGGGCUGCGCCCGCUUCUCGCUGGAGCACAGCCGACCGAGUUUGGCUUGAUCUAGCUGCUCGCCGGGCGUGCUCUGCAGCGCGGACCCGCGGACCCUCGGGAAAGCGCAGUUGGAAAGUUGUCAGUGCCCUGUGCGCCCUGUUGUGUAACCUCGGAGCCACCAGCCCGACCGGGAAGUUGCCUGCCCGCCCGCCAGCCUGGUUCGGUCGCGGAUCCGGGCGGAUUUCAUGGCCCGAGGCGAACGUGGUCCUGAAGCUGGCGUGGGCGAGCCCCCGCGCGCCCCCUUCCGCGGGGAUCCCCCGCGCCCCAGCCCUUCCUCUCCCCGGCUUUUCCGAUGCUCGCUGAGUCCCGUGCCAUCGCCUCCCGCUUGCCGCCGCUUGUCCUUCCGACCUGCUAAGUCGGCGAGGAGAGCAUGACCGAGGUGCUGUGGCCGGCCGUCCCCAACGGGACGGACGCUGCCUUCUUGGCUGGCCCGGGCUUGCCGUGGGGAAACGGCACAGCCGCGUCCACCGCCGACGCCGGCCCCUCCUUCAGAUGUGCCCUGACCAAGACAGGCUUCCAGUUCUACUACCUGCCGGCCGUCUACAUCUUGGUGUUCAUCAUUGGCUUUCUGGGCAACAGCGUGGCCAUCUGGAUGUUUGUUUUCCACAUGAAACCUUGGAGCGGCAUCUCCGUGUACAUGUUCAACUUGGCUCUGGCCGACUUCUUGUACGUGCUGACUCUGCCAGCCCUCAUCUUCUACUACUUCAACAAGACGGACUGGAUCUUCGGGGAUGCCAUGUGCAAGCUGCAGAGGUUCAUCUUCCAUGUGAACCUUUAUGGCAGUAUCCUGUUCCUGACGUGCAUCAGCGCGCACAGGUACAGUGGCGUGGUGUACCCUCUCAAGUCCCUGGGCAGGCUCAAGAAGAAGAACGCCGUCUGUAUCAGCGUGCUGGUGUGGCUCAUCGUGGUGGUGGCCAUCUCCCCCAUCCUCUUCUACUCUGGAACCGGAGUUCGGAAAAACAAAACCAUCACCUGCUAUGACACCACCUCAGAUGAGUAUCUGCGAAGUUAUUUCAUCUACAGCAUGUGCACCACCGUGGCCAUGUUCUGUGUCCCCUUGGUGAUGAUACUGGGCUGCUACGGCUUAAUUGUGCGAGCUUUGAUUUACAAAGACCUGGACAACUCGCCUCUUAGGAGGAAAUCCAUUUACCUGGUGAUUAUUGUACUCACUGUUUUUGCUGUAUCUUAUAUCCCUUUCCAUGUGAUGAAAACGAUGAACUUGAGAGCUCGGCUAGAUUUUCAGACCCGAGAAAUGUGUGCUUUCAAUGACAGGGUUUAUGCCACUUACCAGGUGACAAGAGGUCUAGCAAGUCUCAACAGCUGUGUGGACCCCAUUCUGUAUUUCUUGGCUGGUGAUACUUUUAGAAGGAGACUCUCCCGAGCAACCAGGAAAGCUUCCAGAAGAAGUGAGGCAAAUUUGCAAUCCAAGAGUGAAGACAUGACCCUCAAUAUUUUAUCUGAGUUCAAGCAAAACGGAGAUACAAGCUUGUGAAGGCACAAGAGUCCCCAAACACCUCACUUUGUAACAUGGCCAAGAGAAGUAUCUGGAAAGAUCUGUGGUAAUGGUGAACACAUAUAGAGGGUCAGGACGCAGCAGUGAUCUAUCAGCUGAAAAGAUGAUUCAUGCCAUGUGAUGAUGUAAGUAUUUGAAUUGUAAAGGCAGAAUUCUGCUGAAAUUUGGAUGGAACAAACAGCUAAAAGCAUUUUAGUACCAAGUUCAAGGGUUUUUAUUGCUUAGAAAUCAUGGUCUUUGACUCUUGAAACAUCAAUAUGUAUUUACAUUGAAAUAAAAAUGCAAACUAAGAUGAAAAUCAGAAUUCAGAUUUAAAACCAUGAUGUGACUUCUUGAGCCAACUGUAGGACUCCUGGACCUUUUGAAGACCAUUCUUCAUGGAUUGAAAGGAUUGGAUGACAUCUAUUUGUUGAAAUUUAGGCAACGUGGCAAAAUUUACAAAGUAGACAGCAAGGAGUGCAUCGAGAAAUGCUUCUGUUUUCCAGGACUUUCCAGUCUGGUCCUUGGCUAAAUUUACUUGCAACGUUCAGCAGUUGUGAUGUGACAGGUCAUAACCUGCAAUUUUUCUCUGUCUACUCAUGGAGUAUGCUAAGCUGUGGCUGGAUGCUGUAGAUGUCACUACUUAUUCCAGCUGCAAUUCAACUAGUGACAAUAUUGAAAGAUGUAAUGCUAUAUUAGGACUUAUUGAAACUGUAUCUUUGUUGGUCAAAUUGUAACUAUUGUUAUAAUAUUUAUUGAAUCUCAGUCCUUCAAUUGUACACAUUGAAAUAUUUUCUGGAAAGAUCCAACAUAUUGGUGUAAAUUAUAUUUAUUAAAGGUAUAAUAUUAAUAUGUCACACUGGUAUAUCUUACCUAAUAUAUGAUGCAUAGAUAGAAUGAGAACUGUACAUCAUAAUGCUCUUCAAGUGUCAAUACCUUGAAAUUUAAGUGUUUAGAAUUUUGGGAGUUUAAAAUAUGAAAAUCUGUUUCAUCAUACAAGUGCUUAUUUUCCCUAGAAAUAUAUUUGCAUGUUUGCCUUUCUAUUAUUUCGUUCCACAUAGACACAAUACAGUAUCAGAUUAUCAUGAUUAAUUGUGAAUAUAAAGUAUCUUAGCCAGACUGAGUCUGUAUUGUCUACAUUUUAUAAAUACAGUAGAAAAGCUUAUGUUGUUUUUUCAGUAGGUAUAGAAUUUUGUUCUCAACUAUGGUCAGAGAAUCGACUCCCAAAGGCAAAAGUCUUAUGUUACAUUCAGAGUUGAUCUCUUACGGUUUAGAAGUCCACUAGUUUGGGCAUUAUAGAUAUAGCAUUAGAAUUUAAGGACAAACUUUAGGGAGAAGAAGAGAGAAAAGGGUACCUGGUUUAAUCAGUUACCGUUGUUCAGUUCUGAAGUGUUUCUAUAGUGUUUCUUCUUGAAGUGAAAUAGUAUAAUCUUAAUUUUUUAAGAUAGAGUCUUUGAGUAGCACACUACCAAAAGUUCAACAUUGCUAUUGAUUUUAACCUGUUUUCUUUGUUCACUUGGUAGUUUUAAUAAGAAGUUUUUAGUGAUAAGUACAUUAUUUGGCUGCUGAAUUCUGUUAUAGUUUUUUAUUCUGUUGUACAUUGUAAUAUAUUUCAUCACAAAUUAAUAUGAAGGUGAAUAUUGUUACAUAUCAAAAUUUUAAUUAUGUUUUAGUGUUUUUGCCAAAAAUGUUUAUUUUUAUAUUAUCUGUGAUUUUAGUAUAGAUAAUUGAAUUAGAUUUCUUUGUGAGUAAUAGUGCCAUUGAACGAGUGGUAUAAAACAGUGUUACUUGACAUAUUGAGCUUUCUCAGGUUUAUCUAAAUUGAUGGUAGCUUAACAAAGUCCAAACUAAUUCUGCAUAGUAGUUUUUAAUAAAAGGAAAGUACAUUUCCUUUAAUAGCAUAGUGUUGUUUGCAUGCAAGAGUUUAUCUUGUACUGUGUGUGUGUGUGUGUGUGUGUGUGUGUGUGUGUGUGUGUGUGUCUAAGGCAUGGCAGCCAACUUUGUAUCCACUAUUUAUAGUAACAGCAGAGCUUCAUAAUCAUGGACACUAGAACUGUACUUACGGUAGAUAAUAAAAGCUGAAAAAGAUU